AUGGAUGCCAAGAAAAAGUAUUAUAGAAUUGAUGGUAUGCCUCUUGCCAUGCAAGUUUGGAUAUAUGAAUGUUGUUCUGCUGUUGAUCUGAAUAUUGCUGAAAAGAAGACCAAUCGUAUUCCCAGACUGGUCAAUUGGAGGACCAGAAACAGCAUAAUACAUUAUGAAUUCCUAAUGGAAGGAAUGUUCGGUGAUAACGGCAAUCCGUUAAAAUACAAAAACAUUCAACCUUUACUAAAGGAGAUUGCAUUUUAUCAGCUUCCAUCAAAAAGUGAUGCAAUCCCCAAGAAUACCUUUCAAAAAGUUGGCGACAAAGAUGAUGACGAAGAUGAUGAUUUCACUUCAAAGCCUCCAAGUCAUAAGCCACACAAUAAAGAAAAAGGUAAACAGAAGGUAAUUGUUUCAUUGUCCACAUCGAUCAAAAAGUUCAAUAUGCAUGCAGGUUCGAGUUGUAAGGAGAAAAGUCCACCAGUAUUGCAUGGUUACCGUAAGGCAAAGAGUACACCCUUUAGUUCUGUUUCAACCCCCGUGGAGAAUAAUGUACCAGUACAGGAGUUGUAUAAUCAGCCAGAUGAUUCUGCCAACACUGCACCACCAAUGAGUUCGAAACAACCUCAAGUUACCAAGGCAGACGAAAUUGGUGUACUGAGACAAGAUCUUGCCUCUUUCAAGGAUUCUGUUACUAAUGAGUUCAAGGAGUUGCGCUUGUUUAUACUGGAAAAUUUUAAACAAGUCAUGGAUGCAGUCAACAAAAGCAAUCCUCAAUCUGGAGCACCAUGUCAGGUUAAGCACAACAAUGAUAAAUUACGAGAAUACAUUCACAUAUAA